AUGAAGAUGUUGACAAGACUUCAAGUUCUUACCUUAGCUUUGUUUUCAAAGGGAUUUUUACUCUCUUUAGGGGAUCAUAACUUUAUAAGGAGGGAGAUUAAAAUAGAAGGUGACCUCGUUUUAGGGGGCCUAUUUCCUAUUAAUGAAAAAGGCACCGGAAUUGAAGAAUGCGGGCGAAUCAAUGAAGACCGAGGGAUUCAACGCCUGGAAGCCAUGUUGUUUGCUAUUGAUGAAAUCAACAAAGACAAUUACUUGCUACCAGGAGUGAAGUUGGGUGUCCACAUUUUGGAUACAUGCUCAAGGGAUACCUAUGCAUUAGAGCAAUCACUGGAAUUUGUCAGGGCAUCUUUGACUAAAGUGGAUGAAGCUGAACAUAUGUGUCCUGACGGAUCCCCUGCCAUUCAAGAAAAUAGCCCACUGCUCAUUGCAGGGGUCAUUGGUGGCUCUUACAGCAGUGUUUCCAUACAGGUGGCAAACCUGCUCAGGCUCUUCCAGAUCCCCCAGAUCAGCUACGCCUCCACCAGCGCCAAGCUCAGCGACAAAUCCCGCUACGAUUACUUCGCCAGGACCGUGCCCCCGGACUUCUACCAGGCCAAAGCCAUGGCCGAGAUCCUGCGCUUCUUCAACUGGACCUACGUGUCCACGGUGGCCUCGGAGGGCGACUACGGGGAGACGGGGAUCGAGGCCUUCGAGCAGGAAGCCCGCCUGCGCAACAUCUGCAUCGCCACGGCCGAGAAGGUGGGGCGCUCCAACAUCCGCAAGUCCUACGACAGCGUGAUCCGCGAGCUGCUGCAGAAGCCCAACGCGCGCGUCGUGGUCCUCUUCAUGCGCGGGGACGACUCGCGGGAGCUCAUCGCCGCCGCCAGCCGCGCCAACGCCUCCUUCACCUGGGUGGCCAGCGACGGCUGGGGCGCGCAGGAGAGCAUCGUCAAGGGCAGCGAGCACGUGGCCGACGGGGCCAUCACCCUGGAGCUGGCCUCGCAGCGGGUCCGCCAGUUUGAUCGCUAUUUCCAGAGCCUCAGCCCCUACACCAACCACCGCAACCCCUGGUUCCGGGACUUCUGGGAGCAGAAGUUCCAGUGCAGCCUCCAGAACAAGCGCAACCACCGGCGCCCUUGCGACAAGCACCUGGCCAUCGACAGCAGCAACUACGAGCAAGAAUCCAAGAUCAUGUUCGUGGUGAACGCCGUCUACGCCAUGGCCCACGCCCUGCACAAAAUGCAGCGCACCCUCUGCCCCAACACCACCAAGCUGUGCGAUGCUAUGAAGAUCCUGGACGGGAAGAAGUUGUACAAGGACUACUUGCUGAAAAUCAACUUCACGGCUCCAUUCAACCCAAAUCAAGGUGCAGAUAGCAUUGUCAAGUUUGACGCUUUUGGAGACGGAAUGGGACGAUACAACGUGUUCAAUUUUCAGUACGUGGGUGACAAGUAUUCCUACUUGAAGGUUGGUCACUGGGCAGAAACCUUAUCGCUGGAUGUCGACUCUAUCCAUUGGUCCCGGAACUCAAUCCCCACUUCCCAGUGCAGUGACCCCUGUGCCCCCAAUGAAAUGAAGAAUAUGCAACCAGGGGACGUCUGCUGCUGGAUCUGCAUCCCCUGCGAGCCCUACGAAUACCUGGCUGAUGAGUUUACCUGUACGGAUUGCGGCCUUGGGCAGUGGCCCACUGCAGACCUAUCUGGCUGCUUUGACCUUCCUGAGGACUACAUCAGGUGGGAGGAUGCCUGGGCCAUUGGUCCAGUCACCAUCGCCUGCCUGGGUUUUGCAUGCACAUGCAUGGUUGUGACUGUUUUUAUCAAGCACAACAACACACCUUUGGUCAAAGCAUCGGGCCGAGAGCUCUGCUACAUCUUGUUGUUUGGAGUUGGUCUAUCAUAUUGCAUGACAUUCUUCUACAUUGCCAAGCCGUCCCCAGUUAUCUGUGCAUUGCGCCGCCUGGGACUUGGGACCUCCUUCGCUAUCUGUUACUCAGCCCUGCUGACCAAAACAAACUGCAUCGCCCGCAUCUUCGAUGGGGUAAAGAAUGGCGCUCAGAGGCCAAAGUUCAUCAGCCCAAGUUCUCAGGUUUUCAUCUGCCUGGGUCUGAUCCUGGUGCAGAUUGUGGUGGUGUCUGUGUGGCUCGUCCUGGAGGCUCCGGGCACCAGGCGGUACACCCUUCCAGAGAAGCGGGAAACAGUCAUCUUAAAGUGCAAUGUCAGAGAUUCCAGCAUGUUGAUCUCACUUACCUACGAUGUGGUCCUGGUGAUCUUAUGCACUGUGUACGCCUUCAAAACGCGGAAGUGCCCAGAAAAUUUCAAUGAGGCCAAGUUCAUUGGUUUUACCAUGUACACCACAUGCAUCAUCUGGCUGGCCUUCCUCCCAAUAUUUUAUGUUACAUCAAGUGACUACAGAGUGCAGACGACAACCAUGUGCAUAUCCGUUAGCCUAAGCGGCUUCGUGGUCCUGGGCUGUUUGUUUGCACCCAAGGUGCACAUCGUGCUGUUCCAACCCCAGAAGAAUGUGGUCACACACAGACUGCACCUCAACAGGUUCAGUGUCAGCGGAACUGGGACCACAUAUUCUCAGUCCUCCGCAAGCACGUAUGUCCCAACGGUGUGCAAUGGGCGUGAAGUCCUCGACUCCACCACCUCGUCUCUGUGA